UUCCCCCCUCCUCUCUAACUUUUGUCUGGUUGACUUUCGGUUGUGCAGUGAUUUGAUUGCUUGGGCUCAAAGCCCUGUAAUGUGUCUCGGACACACCUCGCACUGUGCUUCUCAUCUUCGUCCGCCUCAAAAGAGUUGAAAUACUCGGUGUUGUUGAACGCAGUGUUGCCGUUGCUCAGCCGGAGGUGGACUGGACGGUGUCCGCUGGCGUCUCCGGGCCAGAGUCGGUGUAGGAAGCUCUUGUCGCACGGAGCGUCGCCGGGAAACAUCCAGCGCUGUCAACGCCGGGGCCCUUUUGUGUUUUUGUCUUAAUGGCAGUGGAAGUGUGUCUUGGACUGUCGGCGUGAGAGAGGCAAUGCAUGCCGUGCCAGGCCAAGGCGAGGAAGAGCAGGAGAUGUCUUCGGGCUAGCCGCGCUAACGUCUAGUGGACCGCAGACUCAAAAACCACUCGGUGUGUGUGUGUGUGUGUUUGAACGCACAUGUCCGCUCAGUUUGCGGUCAGGCGAUGUUUACAAGUCACGACCGCAGGACCGAGAUGCUGAAGAAACGGUGACUUUUGUUCACCGAUAAAAAGAAAAGAAAUUGUUGAGCUAGCUACAAGUGCACCACCGCCACAACGGACGCCAGAUGCCGAGCGAUUCGUCGCCGACGCGAGAGGCUGUAGAGUCGGUUGUCUGUCCACAGCCAACACACUAACAUUCACGAUAUGUUAACAUAAACCACUGGUGGGUAAACAGACAAUGGCGACAACACAAUAAGCACACAACGAGUCUAAAGACGUGUGGUAACUGCACACUUGUUGUUGAGCCUCUUUACCGCGUCGUUCUGUGCGUAGCACCCACUUCUGAACCACGUCUAUCACAACAUGGAGGGACAUGCACCACCACCACCAUCACAACCACAGAAAACCACUCCUUUAUCCCGGGAGCUGACGAGGAUCUUUAACAGCUACAACAAGCACUCCAUACAGCUGAAGAAGAACCUGAAGGAGACCAACGCAUUCUUCCGGGAAAUCAGACAGAAUUACAGCAACGCUUGUGCUUCAACCAUGAGCUCGGAUUCAGCUUGUCUGGAGGCAGGUCAACUGAGCUGCAUCUCCUUCCCAAGCCAUGAGGAAGAGUUCCUACGCAACGCGGUGGGUGCCACCCCAUACAUUGUCAUACUGGGCCAGGACUGCGCCGCCCGCUACCAGCUGCUCAACUGCCUUCUGGGCGAGAGGCUGCUGCCUCUGGGCCCAGAGGCUGGCGAGGCUUGCGAAGGAGUCCAGGGGACUGUCUGCAAGAGGCGGAAAUUGUGUUUCACCCACGGGAGACAGACCAGGCUCAGUUUGGCUCUGCCUGGCCAGUAUGAACUGGUGCACCAGUUGGCAGCUCACUGUGGCCUCUGGGACACGGUGCCCAAAGAGGACCUGGAGAUCCAUGAAGAAUGUGAGGACCCAGCACAUCGGUUGGCAGAGCUGGAGAUCACCCUGCAUCACCCACUGUUACAGGAAGCAAAGGUCAUGGUGGUUCCUUGUCCAAGUGUCCAGCCCAUAGAGGAGGCUCUGGAAGACUGCACUCGCAGUGUGAUCCCCAUCAUCCUCUACGCCAUCAACCAGGACUGUCUAAGCACAGAGCAGGUGGCUGAACUCUGGAAGGUCAAAGAGCUGCUCUCCUUCCCCAUCUGUUUUGUUCGUAUACCCAGCACAUUACCGGCAGCUGCACAAGACUCUGGCCGCCAUAUGGACAAGGAGAAGGAGAAGGAGAAGGAAAAGGAGAGGGAGAAGAGUGCCCUCCAUAAGCAGCUGCUAUCACUAGGUUUUCUCAGUAGCCCGGCAGGAAAGUGUUCCUGUGGCGCCCCCGCACAGGUUUCCACUCCAGGUGCCAAGCCCCAGAGCACGCUGGGCGAGGCUUUUGAAAGACUACAUCGGUUACUGGCACCGUUUGCUCGCCAAGUACUUCAAAACCAGCAGGUGGAAGCUGCCACGCUGCUUAACGGGCUACACUGUCGCUGUUUGGAUCUUUUCAUUAACCAGGCCUUUGACAUGCAGAGGGAUCUGCAGAUAACACCCCGCCGGCUGGAGUACACCCGUGAGAAAGAGGCUGAACUGUUCACCUCACUCAUGGCAAUCGCUAACCGCAAACAGGAGGAAAUGAAGGAGAUGAUCGUGGAGACACUCGGCAGCAUGAAAGAGCAGUUGCUGGAAGACGCAGCCAACCUGGAGUUUACAGACGUCAUCGUAACAACUAACGGAGAGCCCGUCACGUCAAAAGAGAUCAAAUCGUGCAUCCACCAGAUCCAGGAGCUGAUCGUGGUUCGUUUGAACCAGGCUGUGGCAAAUAAGCUCAUCAGCUCUGUGGACUACCUGAGGGAGAGCUUCGUGGGAACUCUGGAGCGAUGCCUCAACAGUCUCGAGAAGUCCAACAUCGACUCCUACGUUCACAAUAUCACAUCCAAUCACCUUAAACAGUUAUUAAAUGCUGCCUAUCACGUGGAAGUCACCUUUCACUCGGGGUCGUCUGUCACGCGCUUCGUCUGGGAGCAAAUCAAACAGAUAAUCCACAGGAUAACGUUUGUGAACCCUCCCGCCGUCACUCCGGAGUGGAAGCGGAAAGUGGCCCAGGACGCCAUAGAGAGUCUCAGUGCUGCCAAACUGGCCCGAAGCAUCUGCUCCCAGUUCAGAACUCGUCUCAACAGCUCUCACGAGGCCUUUGCAGCAUCACUGCGCCAGCUGGAGGAAGGUCACACGGGGCGUCUGGAGAGAACCGAGGACCUGUGGCUGCGCGUGAGGAAGGACCACGCCCCUCGACUGGCCCGCCUCUCUCUGGAGAGCCGCUCCCUACGGGAUGUUCUGCUCAACGGAAAACCUAAGCUCGGGCGGGAGUUGGGUCGCGGUCAGUAUGGAGUUGUGUACUUGUGCGACAGCUGGGGAGGACGCUACCCAUGUGCGUUAAAGUCCGUCAUACCGCCCGACGACAAACACUGGAACGACCUGGCACUGGAGUUUCACUACACACGGUCUCUGCCCAAACACGAGCGGCUGGUGGACCUGCACGGCUCUGUGAUCGAUCACACGUACGGCGACGGCUCCAGCAUCGCCGUGCUGCUCAUCAUGGAGCGGCUGCACCGAGAUCUGUACACGGGCUUGAAGGCUGGUUUAUCGCUGAGGGACAGACUUCAGAUUGCACUGGAUGUGGUGGAAGGGAUCCGCUUCCUGCACGGUCAGGGCCUCCUCCACAGAGACAUUAAGCUAAAAAAUGUCCUGUUGGACAAGCAGAAUCGUGCAAAGAUCACCGACCUUGGCUUCUGUAAACCAGAGGCCAUGAUGUCUGGUAGCAUCGUGGGAACUCCCAUCCACAUGGCUCCAGAGCUGUUUACAGGGAAGUAUGAUAACUCUGUUGAUGUCUAUGCCUUUGGGAUCCUCUUCUGGUAUCUCUGCACUGGUUCAGUCAAACUCCCAGAAGCCUUUGAGAAAUGCUCCAGCAAGGACCAGCUCUGGACCAACGUGAAAAAGGGUGCCAGACCGGAGCGGCUGUCCAGUUUCGACGAGGAGUGCUGGCAGCUCAUGGAGGCCUGCUGGAACGGGGACCCCUCCCUGAGGCCGCUGCUCGGCAUCGUGGAGCCCGGCCUGCAAAGCAUCAUGGUCCGGCUCUGCAACUGUGGCUCUGAACAGAAGAGCAGCAGCCUCGAUGACUCGAACUGAGAAGAAAAAAAAUCCAUACAAACUAACACUCGUGUGCGACAGGGAUUCUGAUCAGAAAAGUAUUUUUGUUGUAUUUAUGAAGCGCUGAACAGACGGAUGACAAACGUUCUCCUCGUUCACACGUGUAGGAUUUACAUUAUUUAUGAGGAGUUGGCACAGACCAGGGGUUUGCAAAGAUAUGUGUGUGUGUGUGUGUGUUUUAUUGUUCGUGGUGCAUUGUGUGUAUUUGUAUACCGGUCCUACAACAGGCUUUCGUCGUAGCCGCCACGCUAAUUGCUACAUGGGUCGUCGAAGUUUGACUAGAUGCAAAUUGUUUUAAGAAAGGAAAAAAAAAAGUAAUCAAUUCUCAGUGUUAUGGAAACAAAAAAAAGUAGAAAUAUAUAUAAAAAAUUAAUUUUUAGAUUGUAUUUAAACAGAACAUUUCUGCAUCUACAAAAAAUACAUCUUUUUUUUAAUAAAAUGAUCCGUUACAGCAAAUUA